UCACAUCAUCAUCACAACAGCCUUACCAGCCAGGUGUCACUGGUCCCACUUCUAGAGGAGGAAAACGAACCUUCAAGAGUGUUUGUCAGGUUCAACUCCAGCCACGGUUUCCCAGUGGAGGUCGAUUCCCACACCAGCAUCUUCCAGCUCAAGGAGGUGGUUGCUAAGCGACAGGGGGUGCCAGCUGACCAGUUGCGAGUGAUCUUCGCAGGAAAGGAGCUGAGGAACGACCUGACGGUGCAGAGCUGUGACCUGGAUCAGCAGAGCAUCGUUCACAUCGUGCUGACGCCCUGGAGAAAAGGCCAAGAACAGGAAGGAGGCGACGGCCCACGGGAUGCUGCGGGGGGCUCGGGGAGAGAGCCCGAGAGCCUGACGCGCGUGGACCUCAGCCGCUCGGUCCUCCCUGCGCGCUCGGGGGGCCUGGCUGUGAUCCUGAGCAGUGACCGCGAGGAGACCCCGCCAGCCGGACGGCCAGCAGGUCGACAGCCCUACAACAGCUUUUAUGUUUAUUGCAAAGGCCCCUGUCAAAGAAUACAGCCAGGAAAGCUCAGGGUGCAGUGCGGUACCUGCCAGCAGACGACGCUCACCUUGGCCCAGAUUGUUUUCAUAAUCAGUGAUCCCGGUGAAGGGGGCGAGAGUCAGGCCCCUCUGCCUGCGCUCCAUUGUUUCAGCCUUUCACCUCCGCCCCCGGCCCUGGAGCUGACGCCUUCAUGUCUCCGCUGCGGUGCUCAGUUGCAUCCACCCAGCGCUGGUCCAGGGACAAGAGUCAAGGGUCCAUCUUGCUGGGAUGAUGUCUUAAUCCCAAACCGGAUGACUGGCGAAUGUCAAACAGCAGGCUGCCCUGGGACCACAGCUGAAUUUUUCUUUAAAUGUGGAGCACACCCAACCUCUGACAAGGAGACAUCAGUCGCUUUGAAUCUGAUCACAGCCAACAGUCGAGACAUCACCUGCAUAACGUGUACCGACGUCAGGAGCCCCGUCCUGGUGUUCCAGUGCACCCACCGGCAUGUGAUUUGCUUAGACUGCUUCUACUUAUACUGUGUGACAAGACUUAAUGACAGGCAGUUUAUCCAGGACCCUCAGCUGGGCUACUCUCUGCCGUGUGUGGCUGGCUGCCCGAACUCCUUGAUUAAAGAGCUCCAUCACUUCAGGAUUCUUGGAGAAGAGCAGUACAACCGGUACCAGCAAUAUGGCGCCGAAGAGUGCGUGCUGCAGAUGGGGGGCGUGCUGUGCCCGCGCCCGGGCUGUGGGGCAGGGCUGCUGCCCGAGCCAGGCGGGAGGAGGGUCACUUGCGACGGAGGAAGUGGUCUGGGCUGUGGGCUCGUCUUUUGCCGGGACUGUAAGGAAGCGUACCAUGAAGGUGAAUGCAGAGCCCUAUUUGAAGCCUCAGGAGCAGUUUCUCAGGCCUACAGAGUUGACGAGAAGGCCGCGGAGCAGGCUCGGUGGGAAGAGGCCUCGAAAGAAACAAUCCAGAAAACCACCAAGCCCUGUCCCCGCUGCCACGUGCCAGUUGAGAAAAAUGCCAGCGGGAUACCCGCCGCCAUCCGUCCUGGAGGCGCGGCCGGCAUAAAGCCAGCAGGGCCCAGGCCAGGAGCCCGUGGAAGCGUGGGACACAUCUGCGUGUGCGAGGUGCGGCAGCAGCACGGCUAA